AUGAUGUCGUCGGCGGGCAGCGGCGGCGCGUCGGUCGCCGGCGCCGUCUCGUUGGACACCGCGGCGUCGACCGCGGCGUCGACCGCGGACGUGUCGUUGGACACCGCGGCGUCGACCGCGGCGUCGACCGCGGGCGCGGGCGCCGCGGCGUCGGGCGCGGGCGCGGGCGCCGCGGCGUCGGGCGCGGGCGCGGGCGCCGCGGCGUCGAGCGCGGGCGCGGGCGCCGCGGCGUCGGGCGCGGGCGCGGGCGCCGCGGCGUCGGGCGCGGGCGCGGGCGCCGCGUCCUCGGACGCGGGGGCAGGCGCAGGCGCGGGCGCCGCAGCAUCGGACGCGGAAUCGUCGGGCGCGGGCGCCGCGUCGUCGGACGCGGGCGCGGGCGCCGCGUCGUCGGACGCGGGCGCGGGCGCCGCGUCGUCGGGCGCGGGCGCGGGCGCCGGAUCAUCGGGCGCGGGCGCGGGCGCGGGCGCGGGCGCCUCGAUCGGGGCAUCGGGCGCGGGCGCGGGCGCGGGCGCCUCGAUCGGGGCACCGGGCGCGGGCGCGGGCGCGGCGUCUUGCCCGAGCGCGACGCGCGCGUCCGUCGCGGACGAGAGCGUCGCGCACGCGGCGAGGAUUACGCACGCGAGGAGCGCGCGUGAUCGUGGCAUGAUGACGCGAGCGUCGACGCGCGAUCGCGUGUGA